AUGGCCGGCCCGCGCGCAGGAAACAAGGCUGCCGCCAACGGCACUGGCGGUGGAUCCAGCAAGCAGUCGCUCACCGAGGCCUUUGACAAGGACCUGUACGAUGGCAGCAACGGCGUCGACAAGUAUGCCGGCUACAACAUGUCCAUCGCCGCCAACGAGGACGAGGACAUGGAGGAUGCCGGCGAAAUCAACGGAAGGCGGCUGGUUGGACAGUACACUGCAAGCGCAGACAUGUUGAACGAGUACGCGCACGGCGAGGACGACAUGCUCGAGUCCCGCGAGAAGCAGGCCCAGAUCUCCUCGCGCGAGACCGACUACCAGCGCCGCCGAUUUGAUCGCGCACUAUCGCCUGAUGGCGCCGAGGGUGGCAUGACAUACAAGGAGAGGAUGCAGGAACGCGACCUGGAGCGAGAGGAGGCGCGUAUCCAGCGACUCAUCGAGGACCGCGAGAAGAAUGGCAACGAAGUUCUCGACCACGUGCCCACGCUCAAGGAUGACGCUCCCGCAGUGGACGGCAACAAGACCCCGCCCAUGGAGAAGAAGCGCAAGCGGCGCCGGUGGGACGAUGGCGGUGCCGAGGAGCCCGCAAAGAUCGAAGAGGCAGCGGUUGAGCCCACAUUGAAGAAGCGGGGGCGAUGGUCACCAGACCCACAGGAAGUGAAGCCCGAAGAGCCUGCGGCCGCUGAGCCUGUACGCUCACGAUGGGACACCACCGCAGCCAUCGCCAGCGCCAGCGCCACACCUGCCCCCGCCACCAAUGGCUCCAAAGUCGCAGCGCCCACCAGCUUCGCGUUCGGUACCGACAUUUCUGCACGCAACGCACCACUUUCCGAUGAGCAGCUCGACAUGAUGCUCCCAUCCGAAGGCUACAAGAUCCUCGACCCGCCACCAGGCUACGAGCCCGUCAGGAGACCGGUCGGUAUGCCGGCGCUUCCAACGGGAUACUCUGGGUAUCUGGUUCCCGAAGCGGACAGUGGUAUGUCGAUGAUGGGCAAGCAGCUGCCGACAGAAAUCCCGGGCGUUGGUGACCUACAGUUCUUCAAGAACGAGGACAUGAAGUACUUUGGAAAGCUGACGGAUGGCGCGGAUGAGAACGAGAUGACCGUGGAGGAGCUCAAGGAACGCAAGAUCAUGCGGCUGUUGCUGAAAGUCAAGAACGGAACGCCGCCCAUGCGAAAGACCGCGUUGCGACAGCUUACCGACAAUGCCCGACAGUUUGGACCAGCAGCUCUGUUCAAUCAGAUCUUGCCAUUGCUCAUGGAGCGCACUCUAGAGGACCAAGAGCGACAUUUGCUUGUCAAGGUCAUCGAUCGCGUUCUGUACAAAUUGGACGACUUGGUCAGGCCCUAUGUUCACAAGAUCUUGGUUGUCAUCGAGCCCCUGUUGAUCGACCAGGACUACUACGCUCGUGUAGAGGGCCGAGAAAUCAUUUCCAACCUCGCGAAAGCUGCUGGUCUGGCGCACAUGAUCAGUACAAUGCGCCCAGAUCUGGACCACCAGGACGAAUACGUGCGAAACACGACAGCCCGAGCUUUCGCUGUGGUUGCAUCGGCGCUCGGUAUCCCGGCUCUUCUGCCCUUCCUACGGGCUGUGUGCAGGAGCAAGAAGUCAUGGCAUGCACGUCACACUGGUGUUAAGAUUGUGCAGCAAAUUCCUAUCCUGAUGGGUUGCGCUAUCCUGCCACAUUUGAAGGGAUUGGUAGAGUGCAUCGGAGACAAUUUAAACGACGAACAGCCCAAGGUCCGCAUGGUUACGGCACUCGCGCUGGCUGCCCUCGCCGAAGCUGCCGCGCCUUACGGUAUCGAAUCCUUCGACGACAUCCUGAACCCUCUUUGGACUGGAGCCCGAAGGCAGCGUGGUAAAGCUUUGGCGUCGUUCCUCAAGGCUGUGGGUUACGUUAUCCCGCUCAUGGACGAAGAAUACUCCAACUACUAUACCAGCCAGAUCAUGGAGAUCGUCAUUCGAGAAUUCCAGUCACCCGAUGAGGAAAUGAAGAAGGUUGUUUUGAAAGUGGUAUCUCAGUGCGCCGGUACUGCUGGUGUAACCCCAGUCUACUUGAAAGAUAACGUGCUACCAGAGUUUUUCAAGCACUUCUGGGUGCGCAGGAUGGCGCUCGACAAGCGCAACUACCGCCAAGUGGUUGACACUACAGUUGACCUGGCCCAGAAGGCAGGCGUUGCCGAGAUCGUGGGCCGGAUUGUCAAUAAUAUGAAGGACGAGAACGAAGCGUACCGCAAGAUGACCGUCGAGACCAUCGACAAGGUCAUCUCGACCCUCGGCGCACACGAUGUGGACCAGCGUCUCGAGGAACAGCUCAUUGACGGUAUCCUCGUGGCCUUCCAGGACCAGACGGUCGAAGAUCCGAUCGUCAUCGACGGUUUUGCUACGGUUGUCAACGCUCUUGGCGAGCGGACGAAGACAUAUCUUCCGCAGAUUGUUGCUGUCGUCAUCCACCGCCUAAACAACAAGGCCGCACCGGUUCGGCAACAAGCCGCUGACCUGAUCUCGCGCAUCACAUUCGUCAUGCAAAAGUGCGACGAAGACCCACAGCUGGUCAAGUUGGCCAGCAUUUUGUACGAGUAUCUCGGAGAGGAAUACCCAGAAGUUCUCGGAUCGAUUCUCGGAGCACUGCGAGCCAUUGUUACUGUCGUUGGUCUAGCAGCGAUGCAGCCUCCGAUCAAAGACCUCUUGCCGCGACUCACACCCAUCCUUCGCAAUCGUCAUGAGAAGGUCCAGGAGAAUACGAUUGAUUUGGUCGGUAGAAUUGCCGAUCGUGGAGCCGACUACGUCAAUCCACGAGAAUGGAUGCGUAUCUGCUUCGAACUGUUAGACAUGCUCAAAGCGCACAAAAAGGGCAUUCGGCGAGCGGCGAACAACACGUUUGGUUACAUUGCCAAGGCCAUCGGACCGCAGGAUGUGCUCGCUACACUGUUGGGCAAUCUACGAGUGCAAGAACGUCAGUCCCGAGUGUGUACUGCUGUCGCAAUAGGCAUUGUGGCAGAGACGUGCGCACCGUUCACGGUUCUUCCAGCCCUGAUGAACGAGUACCGGGUACCCGAGCUCAACGUCCAGAACGGUGUUCUGAAGUCGCUCAGCUUCAUGUUUGAGUACAUUGGCGAGAUGGCCAAAGAUUACGUCUACGCCAUCACGCCUCUUCUGGAGGACGCGCUCAUCGACCGCGACCAGGUGCAUCGACAGACAGCUGCGUCGGUAGUCAAGCAUGUGGCGCUCGGUUGCGUCGGCCUUGAUUGCGAAGACGCCAUGGUUCACCUGCUCAACCUCCUUUGGCCCAAUCUGUUCGAGACGAGCCCGCACGUCAUCGACCGCAUCGUCGAGGCCAUUGAGGGCAUUCGUAACGCGAUUGGUACUCCGCUCGUCAUGAACUACGUGUGGGCGGGUCUCUUCCACCCGGCGCGCAAGGUGCGACAGCCAUACUGGCGCAUCUACAACGAUGCGUACGUGCAGUCUGCGGAUGCCAUGGUGCCUGCGUAUCCGCAGUUUGAGGAGGAGACGCUAAAGAGGCAUGAGUUGGAGAUCUUCAUAUGA